UUCCACACACACCCCAAAAUCAAACACCAAGAUCCUCUUAACUUGUUUGGAUUGACUGAUGAAGACAUAAAGCCCGUUGCGCUCCAUGGUUUUUGAGGUGGCGUGAGUGGUUUUGCUUCAUUUUUUUAAAUGGCCACAUGACAGCUUGACCUAGUUUGCUUUCCAGUCAAAGGGCAUUUUUUUAUUUUUUAUUUUUUUUGAAUGUCUCUUUGUGGCGCGAGAGCCAACGCAAAAAUGAUGGCGGCUUACAAUGGCGGUACAUCUGCAGCAGCAGCAGGUCACCACCACCACCAUCACCACCACCUUCCACACCUCCCUCCUCCCCACCUUCACCACCACCACCACCCUCAACACCAUCUUCAUCCGGGGUCGGCGGCUGCUGUCCACCCCGUCCAGCAGCAUACCUCUUCGGCAGCUGCGGCAGCCGCAGCAGCGGCCGCAGCUGCCGCCAUGUUAAACCCUGGGCAGCAACAGCCAUAUUUCCCAUCACCGGCACCUGGUCAGGCUCCUGGACCAGCUGCAGCAGCCCCAGCUCAGGUACAGGCUGCCGCAGCUGCUACAGUGAAGGCGCACCAUCAUCAGCACUCGCAUCAUCCACAACAGCAGCUGGACAUUGAGCCGGAUAGACCUAUUGGAUAUGGAGCCUUUGGUGUUGUCUGGUCAGUAACAGAUCCAAGAGAUGGAAAGAGAGUAGCACUCAAAAAGAUGCCCAACGUCUUCCAGAAUCUGGUCUCUUGCAAAAGGGUCUUCCGGGAAUUGAAGAUGUUGUGUUUUUUUAAACAUGAUAAUGUACUCUCUGCCCUUGACAUACUCCAACCUCCACACAUUGACUAUUUUGAAGAAAUAUAUGUUGUCACAGAAUUGAUGCAGAGUGACCUACAUAAAAUUAUCGUGUCUCCUCAACCACUCAGCUCAGAUCAUGUCAAAGUUUUUCUUUAUCAGAUUUUGCGAGGUUUGAAAUAUCUCCAUUCAGCUGGCAUUUUACAUCGAGACAUUAAGCCAGGGAAUCUCCUUGUGAACAGCAACUGUGUUCUAAAGAUUUGUGAUUUUGGAUUGGCCAGAGUGGAAGAAUUAGAUGAAUCUCGUCAUAUGACUCAGGAAGUUGUUACUCAGUAUUAUCGGGCUCCGGAAAUCCUGAUGGGCAGCCGUCAUUACAGCAAUGCUAUUGACAUCUGGUCUGUCGGAUGUAUCUUUGCAGAACUACUAGGACGAAGAAUACUGUUUCAGGCACAGAGUCCCAUUCAGCAAUUGGAUUUGAUCACGGAUCUCUUGGGCACACCAUCACUGGAAGCAAUGAGGACGGCUUGUGAAGGCGCUAAGGCACACAUACUCAGGGGUCCUCAUAAACAGCCAUCUCUUCCUGUACUUUAUACCCUGUCUAGUCAGGCUACACAUGAAGCUGUUCAUCUCCUUUGCAGGAUGUUGGUCUUUGAUCCAUCCAAAAGAAUAUCCGCUAAGGAUGCCUUAGCCCACCCCUACCUAGAUGAAGGGCGACUGCGAUAUCACACGUGUAUGUGUAAAUGUUGCUUUUCCACCUCUACUGGAAGAGUUUAUACCAGUGACUUUGAGCCUGUCACCAACCCCAAAUUUGAUGACACUUUUGAGAAGAACCUCAGUUCUGUUCGACAGGUUAAAGAAAUUAUUCACCAGUUCAUUCUGGAACAGCAGAAAGGAAACAGAGUGCCUCUCUGCAUCAACCCUCAGUCUGCUGCUUUUAAGAGCUUUAUUAGUUCCACUGUUGCCCAGCCAUCUGAGAUGCCCCCAUCUCCUCUGGUGUGGGAGUGACGGUGGAAGAUAAUGUACUACUGAAGAUGUAAUGUAGCUUUCCACUGGAGUCUGGGAUUUGCAAUUCUGGAGUUCAAUGUGGAGACUUGAAACUUGAAUGUCCCUUCCAACUUUUAUAUUAAAAAUAAAAAGAGAAGAAAACUGAAGAUCGUUUUUCACCUGUACAAGGAAUAUUAAUGGAUCGUCUUAAAAUUGGUCUAGGAAAAAACCUUGGUGUGUGUUAUGGACAAUUAACUGUUAAAGUUAUUGUAAGUUAUCUGUAUUUAGCAGAGUAUUUUCAUCUUGAGUGAUCUGAGCUGAAUUUGAAGACUAUUAAUAAGUUAUGUUUGGAAGUUUUAACUUCAAUGAAGUAAUUAUUUGCUGUGAAAGAAACAAACAUUGAAUUACUAAACAAAGAUGGUGCAAUAUCUUUGUUUCUUUUUUUUAUGAGGCUCCUGAGAAUCAACCCAACUGAAGCAUUUCAAUUCACUUGAAUGAGAAACGUGUUUAGUAUCAAAAGAGCCCAAGAAGACACUGGUGUGAAAGGUACAAUCUCAGAGGUUGGUCAGUUGCCGUGGCACACUUACUGGUCACUUUGUACAAUGUAGAUUUGAAGUACAGUGGUGAAAACAUUAAA